CCGACAGCGCGACCGUCGGCAUCUCCCGACAUUCUCCAGCCCACGCGAACCAACCCCCACUCCCCACAAUCCACCCACAUAACAACCUCCCCUACCUCAGCAACAGAUGGACGCGAUUUCCUCCGCAUCAAUAGCGAGGGCGUUCAGGAAUUUGGCAAAGCGCUACCGAGCCCAGGACCAGACCGAGACAGCGACCAAGGUGGAAGCGGCGGUGAGCCAGACGCUGCAGACGGAGCCCGGGCCGGACGACCCCAGUGCCGCACUGGUGCGGUUCGGAGCCCUGGUCCUGACCUUCCUGGAACAAGGCCAGUGGAGCGCCGCCGUAGAUGUGGGCAAGCUGGUCGUAGACACCCGCCGAGCCCUGCUGGGCCCGGAUAGCCCGGCCACCCUCACAGCCAUGCAUAACCUCGUGUCGGCGUACUGCGGACAAGGGCGGUGGAAUGAGGCAAUCGAGUUGGGCUGUCGGGUGGUCGAGGCCCGGCACGCAGUCCUGGGCGUGGAGAGCCCGCAGACCAUGGCUUCGAUGUCCAAUCUGGCGUCGGCGUAUCGCAAUAAGGGCCAGUUGCGGCAGGCCGAAACGCUGGAAAAGCAGCUCCUCGAUCUGAGAACUAAGGUCCUGGGCCCCGACCAUCCGUCCACGAUGACCUCCAUCAGCAAUCUGGCGACGACGUACACGUAUAUGGGGCGAUAUGAUGAUGCCGCGAGGCUCGAGCAGAGCGUGAUCGAGCGCAGUGGGCGUGUGCUCGGCGCGCGCCAUGGUUCCACGCUGACUUAUAAGUCGAAUCUGUCGGUCACCUUCCGGGAGCAGGGGCGGUUGGAAGACGCAGAGAAGCUCGAGUCGGAGGUCAUGGAGGCCCGAGUCACGAGUCUGGGCGUUCAGCACCCCUUGAGCCUCACAUCGAUGGCGAAUCUGGCCGCCAUCUACCGCGAUCUGGGUCGCUUCGACGAUGCAGAGCAUUUGGAGACGCAGGUCGUGGAGAAGAGUCAGGUUAGACUGGGCGAUCACCCGCAGACGUUCAUGUCCAUGGUGAACCUCGCAACAACCUGGAGAUUGCAGGGGCGGCUGGAGGAAGCCGCCAGUCUCGGCGCGCGAGCGGUAGCGGCAAUGAAGCAGCAGCUGGGAGAUCUCCACCCUCUGUGCCUGACUGCGAUGGCGGAGCUCGGCUUGACAUUCCAGAGUCAGGGCCGCACGAGGGAGGCGGAAGCACUGACCUCGCAGGCAUUGCGGGGGAUGCAAAAGACCUUGGGUGACAACCACCCCCAUUGCCUGACGACCAUGACGAAUCUAGGAGUGAUAUAUCAGUCGCAGGGGAGGUGGGAGGAAGCCGAGACGCUGGCCGAACGAGCUGCCCGGGGUCGCGAGAAAGUCCUGGGGAAGAACCAUCCCCUCACGCUGGCUUCCAUGCAGGAUCUCGUCCGUGUAUGCCAGGUGUUAGCCGCGGACAGGACAACAGGCACCCGAGUGAAACUUCAUGGGUGACCAAAAAAUGAAAGUAUACGUCUUGUGGCUGACGCUGAUUCCUGAUGAGACAUGAUUCAACGCGGGGGGAACGGACUCAGUUACGGAUUGGUCAAAGCAUUGCGUUCAAUGGAGAUAAUAAGC